GAAGCUUGUGCUCUGUCUGUGGACGGUGCAGCUGUUUGUCCGUCCCACUAAUCUGCGUGGCUGUCAGUGCUUCCUCCUGCUGCCGCCGCUGAGCAUGGUGCUCGGCUGCUCUUCAUCACAGGACGGAGGAGACUUCAGCUCCUCAUCAUCUAGCCUACAGGUUGCGGAUAUGGAUCGUUCAACGCACGAUUAGGACACAACAGCACUGUCACCAAGCUGUUUUUCAUCCCUGCAUCAUGGAAGCUCAGCCUGUUGCAUCAUGGGAGCUCCUCUGCAGUGUGACAGAUACAAUAUAUGAGAACUGAAGGGUCGUCAUGGAGACUGACAGCUACACCUCAGGUGCGGCAACCGUUGACUGGAUUGGGACCUUGGCCGGGCUGGAUGGAAUGGGAGUCUAUCAGGAGCAAGGUGGAGAGGGCUCAUCAAGCAGUUCAACAUCCUGGCACAUGCCAUACUCUCUGGGCUUCCAAGUGUCCCUCACUGCCUUCCUCAUGCUGGAGCUGGUGUUGGGUUUUAGCAGCAACCUGACUGUGCUGGUGCUCUACUGCUCUCAGUCCAAUUUGGUGGACUCGGUGAGCAACAUGGUGACUGUCAACUUGCAUGUUCUGGAUGUGGUUGUAUGUGUGCUGUGCGUGCCGCUUACUCUGGUGGUGGUGCUUCUUCCUCCAGGACCAAACCUGGCCUUGCUCUGCUGCUUCCAUGAGGCAUGUAUUACCUUUGCCAGCAUCGCCACAGCCAUCAACAUCCUGGUUAUCAGCUUGGACCGGUAUGAUAUCUCAGUGCGACCGGCCAAUAGACUGCUGACAACACGCAGAGCAGCGCUCCUUCUGGCUUCUGUCUGGCUAACGUCAGUUGCUGUGUUUUUUAUCCCAUUCUUGGAGGUGCAGUGGUCCAAUGCAGAAGGAGCAGAGGAGGCAAAACAGGGAACAGCCUUGACUUUGUCCUCACAUGCCGUUGGUGCCACAGUGGUGCCAGCAUGGCGGAACAGGACCCUCUUAUGUGUUGGUGGUCAGGGCUAUCACACUGGCUUGGGGAUGUAUUACCAUCUGAUCCUACAGGUGCCCAUUUUCUUUACCACGGUGGCAGUCAUGUUAUUUACCUACUCCAAAAUACUAAGAGCUUUAAACAUCCGCAUUGGCUCCCACAUGAGGAAAAGCCAGCGGUUCAGGGGUCACAACAAGAGACAGAAAAAAAGGAAGGCAGGGCUUAGAAUGGAUGAAGACAGGGACAUAGGAGGAGAACAGUGCACCACAGAUGGGACCAAACAACUCAAUCAUCCUCCCCUCAUCCCUUCCCCAUCUCCUACCCCGACAGCUACCUCCCCUCCUGCUCUAUCCUCUGCAGCUCCACUCGUUACUUCUGACUUGGGCACUGCUGCUCCCCUGCCAGCCUCUAUGGGUGUCCAGGCCUCUGUGUCAGCAAUAAUUGCUCUGCGCCGUGCAGUGCGACGGCACCGAGAUCGGAGAGAGCGCCAACGACGGGUGUUCAGGAUGUCCCUCAUCAUCAUCACAACUUUCUUGGGCUGUUGGGCUCCUCUUUCUGUGACUAAUGUGCUCAUCCUGGGGAUUGGGCCCAGUGAUGUCCUGGUCAGCCUACGCCUCUGGUUCCUGGCCCUGGCUUAUGGCACCACUGUCUCCCACCCUUUGCUCUACGCUUUUACUCGGCAGAAACUGCGCCGUGCUCUCCGUGCCAAAGUAAAGAAGAGGGUAGUGUCCCUGCUCCAAGUGGACCCCUCACCAGGGGGCACAGUAAUACACAAUUCCUGGGUGGAGAACAGAAAAACCAGCCGCCAGGUGCGACUAGAGGCAAGCGAAGGCACUGACCGCCACCUGGCAGAGGCCCUCUGAGACUGAAAACUCAUGGGUAAGACUGGAAUAAUUAAAAAGCAAAACAGAGUCACAGGUGUUGUGUUCCAUCAUCAGACUCACUGAUGCGAGAAGCUGGUGUAAGAUAUGUGAAAAAAAACACAUUUUUACCUCUGGGAGAUGUUUUAAUGUAACCACCAUCAGCAAGCCCCUGAUAAACGCAACUACCUUCACUUCAGGCAAUAUUUAAAACAGGAUGCUGUCGUCUCUGCAGUGCACACAGCUCCUGCAGCUGAAGAAAAUCAUUCCACAAAGCGGGAGAUGUACUCUUUCAGAUACUGUGGUGUAUUUACAUCUGGAACUGUCCUGAAUGUUUUUACCCAGCAGAGGAUACAAUCUGCUUCUCGCUCUGAUGCUUUCAGACAGCUUUUAAAACAAUGUUGAUAAACUUCAAACACAUAAAUAUUCUUUGAAUGUAUUCAAUAUUACCCCUGCCUUUAUUUUGCUCUGAAGUUUGGAUUAAAUCUAUGUUGUGCAUUCUGAAAGAAGGUGAACAUGUGAGACACUGUGCCUGCUAGAUGAAAGAUGAUAGGGGUGCAUCAUGAUUUAAGAGGGUUUGCUACAUGUGUGGAAUAUUAAUAUUACUUAGUCAUUAGAAUUUUUGCAGUGUUUACAUAAGAUUUAGCAUCAGCCCUUGACAUAAAUUCAGUUUAUAUCAUUUCUAGUUUAUAGCAAAUAUUUUAUCUGGUGUUGAAACAAC